AUGGGAAAAGCCAAAGCCCCAAAGCGGAAUGCCGCCUCCUCAUCGUCGGGUCCUUACUCUCGACCCUCCCAAAAGACCAACAACGUGUUCAAGUUCAACACAAAUGUCGGUCAGCAUAUUUUGAAGAACCCCGGCGUGGCGGACGCGAUCGUACAUAAAGCCGAGCUCAAGCCCACGGAUACUGUUCUGGAAAUUGGUCCCGGGACUGGCAACCUGACGGUGCGGAUAUUGGAAAAGUCAAAGAAGCUUAUAGCAAUCGAGUUUGACCCCCGAAUGGCAGCCGAAGUCACAAAGCGUGUGCAAGGAACCCCCGAACAGCGAAAGCUCGAAGUUAUGCUUGGAGACGCCAUCAAGGUGGAUUGGGUUCCUUUCGAUGUGCUCAUUUCGAACACUCCUUAUCAGAUUUCCUCGCCCCUUGUGUUCAAGAUGCUCGCCAUGCCAAAGCCGCCGCGGCAAGCGAUUCUCAUGUUCCAGCUCGAAUUCGGCCAACGACUUGUGGCCAAACCCGGAGACAAGCUCUACGGCAGAUUGAGUGUCAACGCUAACUUCUGGGCUACGUGCUCCAACGUGAUGAAGGUUUCCAAGGCCAACUUUAGACCACCGCCACAAGUCGAUUCUUGCGUUGUACGUAUUGUGCCGAAGCAGGGCGCCGAGCGUCCUACCAUCGCCUUCGAAGAAUUUGACGGCCUUCUUCGCAUUUGCUUCAACCGCAAGAACAGAACUAUGAGAGCGAGCUGGCUUGGCACAAAGGAAGUCCUUCAAAUGCUCGAGAAGAACUACCGCACAUGGGCAGCUAUGAACAACGUGCCGCUUGAUGACACCCUUGUCGAAGACGAUGAAGACGAGGCUAUGGAGAUGGACGACGACGCGGACGCUGGCGCAGACGAUGACGAUGUUGAGCCCAUGGUUGACGACACGCCCGAGUUUUUCAAGGAGCUCGGUGCCGCCGCCAGCAAGGCGCCCGAGAAGACCAAGAGCAAGCGCAAGAAGACAAAGGUUGCCGCGCUUGUGCGGAGCAAGAUUGAACGCGCGCUUGAGAGCACUGGCCUGCUGGAGAAGCGCGCACGCUUGUGUGACGAGACGGACUUUUUGAAGCUGCUGUCCGCCCUCAACUCGGAGGGCAUUCACUUUGCUUAA